AUGGCAGCGUCUGGCCUCAUUGACCCGACAAAGACGGGCAACUAUCCCGUUAUCCUUGGUGACGCACUCUUGGGUAAAACCUCAAAUGAAAUCUUUACUGGCAUACAAUACAACCACAAACCUACUCUCUCAUCAGACCAAGCCCCAAAUUCGGCCCGCAUAAAACCCUCGGUCCCUGGCAAAACAACCUCAUACGACCUCACCUAUACCGAUAACGACGAGAAGUAUGCCUUCACAGGCACAAGAAAUACCGACAGCGGCCAAUAUGUCCUUUACUUCGAUCCCAGCCGUGAGGCCUUCAUUCUCGACCUUGUCGACUCUACCUUCAAGAUGAACGUCACUCGACUGCCUGGUAAUAGCGAUCCCGAUAGUCUACGUCGACAAUUUCCACAUAUCGAUAGCAGCGCGUCAAAAGCCAGUGCCAAAACAGAAAAGAACAACACGGACACAGAGAAGCCCAUGACAAAGGCACGCGCCAAGCCAUCUACUCAGAAGAAAGAAGUCAAGCGCAAACCCGAGAAGAAGCAGGCACCCAAGAAUGUCGCGCUCUCACUCCCUGUACCAAUGCCUGCGCAGCAACAGAAGCCUGCCGAAUCUAAGAAACGUACACCAGCUCCCGAAGAAGAUGAAGAGGAGGAUGAUGACGAUGAUGGUGGUCUUUUGGUGGAGAACCCUGGCGCCGACACUAGCACGGCGCGUAGAACCGACUUCUCCCCGGCCUUUCCUUCUUUCCGCCGAUUUGACGAGUUUAUGGACCAGCGCGAAUCCGAGGGAGAUGAUGCUGAUGGUGAAGAGGAUGACGAGCCCGACCUUGACUUCAAGUUGCCAAGUCCCGUCAACAACCGCAGUCAUUAUGAAACGGGGCCCGACCCUAUGGACGUAGAUGAAGAGGAGGAAGCCGAAGAGGAAGAGCCCGAGUUGGAUCUUGCUAAGGAGCUCGAGGAUGCAUUUGAAAACUUUGAGAACAGCCAACAGGAGAGCCCCGACGGUGAUGAGAGUGAGAUUAGUGAAGAGGACUAG